CUGGUGUACGUUGGUUACUUAGUGCUGCCUGUCUUCGGCUCCGUGCGUAACAGAGGUGCUCCUUUUCAAAGGUCUCAGCAUCCCCAUGCUACCUCCUGCUGCCACUUCCACCUGGGUCCCCAGCCUCAGCUCUCUGCUGACUUUGUCCUGCCUCACACGGUGCAACCUCAGCCAGGGAUACCCGACAUGGCCCUUGCACACCAGCACAGUGGCUCCCUGCACAAGCCCCUGCCGCAGGUGCCAGCCCUACCCUUCCAGGAUGUGGCUGGACCCUCCUUCCUACCUCAGGCGCUUCACCAGCAAUACCUCCUCCAGCAGCAGCUCCUCGAGGCACAGCACCACUGGCUCAUGCCCCAUCCCAGGCGGCCUCAAGAGCACAUGUCUGUUCAGUCUCACCGUCUACGCUCCAGCUUUGAUUUCAGCCACCAAUUGCAAAUUCUACAACCCAUGGGUCCCCAGCCCAGGUAUUUAGCUGAAGACACAGAUUGGGACAUCAGUGUGGAUGCGGGACUGACUCACACCCAGUUCCAGGUCCAGUCAGUCCCUCAGCCCUAUCAGCAUUACUUAGCUGCAUCUUGGAUGCACCAUUUCCCCAGAAGCACAUCCUUGACACAGAUGGUUACUCAUGAAAUCAGAAAUUACCCUUAUCCUCAGCUUCGGUUACUUGCUCUUCAGGGAUUGAACCCAAGCAGGCACAUGUCCACUGCGUUGGAGAGCUAUGAAGAGCUGCUGCAGCUGGAGGACAGGCUGGGCACCAUGAGCCGGGGUGACAUCCAGAACACUAUUGAGAGGUUCACCUUCCCACACAAGUACAAGAAGAGAAGACCCCAGGAGGGCAAAGCUGAGGAAAAAGAUGGAGAGGAGUCAGACAUCGACGAGAAAUGCACAAUUUGUCUGUCCAUGCUUGAAGAUAGAGAAGAUGCCAGGCGGUUGCCCUGUAUGCAUCUCUUCCACCAAGUUUAUGUGGACCAGUGGCUGGCCACCAGCAAGAAGUGCCCGAUCUGCAGGGUGGACAUCGAAACACAGCUUGGCUUGGACAGCUGA